GCCCGCCCGCCCCCGCGCGCCGCCGCCGCGCCCGCACCCCGUCCGCCCCCGCGAGUGCCGCGCGCCCUGCCCUCCAGGUCGAGUGGACGCCCGCCCGGACGUCCACGCCCCUCCCGCGUCCACGACGGCCGGUCUGUUGCCGACGACCUACGUGACGGCCAGGAUCAACGUAGCCACCCUGGAAGCGUCCCUCAAGUGCGGCGCCCCCGAUCACCGUUACGGCCUUCUGCUGGCGCCCCAGGCGCCGCCCCCGCCGCCGCCGCAGCUGCAGGUGGGCCCCGGGCUGGCCCCGCAGCUGCCGCCCGCGCACCUGCAGGCGCCGCUGCUGCACGCCUCCGACCUGUCCCACAUGCUGACCAUGUCCACCCUGAUGCUGCCCGCCGGCCCGCACCCUGUGCACAUCCCCAAGGACAGCGGCGUCAAGUAUAUGGCCAGCAACGGCGUGUCGCCCAAGUCCGAACACUUCCACAUUUUCGUCGGGGACCUCAGUCCGGAGAUAGAGACUCAAAACCUUCGGGAAGCCUUCACACCCUUUGGAGAGAUAUCGGAUUGCAGAGUCGUGCGGGACCCCCAGACGCUCAAAUCAAAAGGAUAUGGUUUUGUCUCCUUUGUUAAGAAACAGGAAGCAGAGAGUGCCAUCACCGGGAUGAACGGGCAGUGGCUGGGCAGCCGGAGCAUCCGCACCAACUGGGCCACGCGCAAGCCCCCAGCGCCAAAGACAGAAGCCAACACCAAGCCGCUGACCUUUGACGAGGUGUACAACCAGUCCAGCCCCACCAACUGCACCGUCUACUGCGGCGGCCUCGCUGCCGGCCUCUCGGAGGAGCUCAUGACCAAGACCUUCGCGCCCUUCGGCAACAUCCAGGAGAUCAGGGUGUUCAAGGAUAAAGGAUACGCCUUCAUCCGAUUUGCCACCAAAGAGUCCGCCACGCACGCCAUCGUGGCGGUGCACAACACCGACAUCGGCGGCCAGCCCGUCAAGUGCUCCUGGGGCAAGGAGUCUGGCGACCCGAACAACGCGCCGCCCACCACCCAGGUAAGGAACCAUUCUGUUUCAAAUGCUUUUUAUUUCUUGCAUGGUUGCCACAACUCUGGAAAACCUUGAAAACCUGUAAAACUC